GUUUAAAUCGAGUAGUGUUAGGAAGUGAACAUUAGACAUGAAGUUGGUGAUUUUGUUAACUGUGUUGGCCGUGGCCUUGGCGCGCCCCGAGGACAGCUUCUAUGACGACAAAUACGACUCCUUUAACGUUAAGGAACUCACCGGCAACGUUCGGCUAUUGAGGGCGUACGUGCUGUGCUUCCAAUCAAAAGGAAAAUGUACACCCGAGGGAACCGUAUUUAAAAAUCGGAUCCCAGAAGCACUUGAGACCGAAUGCGGGAAGUGCACGGGGAAACAAAAGAUAAUGGUCGCCGAAAUUUUAAAGGCUAUCAUAGAACUGCUUCCAGCGGAGUGGGACGAACUGGUCAAGAUCUACAAAGAAGAAGGACAAAAUCUUAAGGAUAUUACAGUAUUCAUCGACAAAUAUGCACCCAAAUAAAUUUAGUUCCAAGUAUAGAUGUCAAUUAAAUAUAUAAGUUGAAGAACAAAGAAGUAAUUAAUUCAA